AUGAGGAAACCCUUUUCUAUGUUUAUAAGAAAUUUAUCACACAUUUGUAAAUUAAAACCCUACAAGGAAACUAAAUGGCUGAUGCCUAACGGCAACCCCAUUGGUGUGUUUGUUUAUAAUUGUGUAGCUGAACAAAAAGUUCCCAUAAUCUUAAAUGACCCUAAAAUUGCUACAUGGUAUUCCUGUGGCCCAACAGUGUAUGAUUCUGCACAUAUUGGUCAUGCUUGCUGCUAUGUAAAGCUAGAUGUCAUACAAAGAAUACUCAAGAAUUUCUUUAACAUUAAGCUUGUCACUGCAAUGGGCAUCACUGACAUUGAUGAUAAGAUAAUAAAAAAGGCCAAAGAAACAAAUAUGCAUUACAGUUCUGUUGCUAAACAAUAUGAACAUGAAUUCUGGAUAGAUAUGACCAGUUUAAAUAUUGAAAAACCAAUGAUUAUAUCACGUGUAUCUGAUCAUAUGAUGACUAUAGAAAAAUUUAUAAAAACUCUUCUUGAUUUAAAGCAGGCAUAUGUUACUAGUGAUGGAUCUGUUUAUUUUGAUACAUCAAAAUUUCCAUUAUAUGGGAAAUUACAACAAACACACAUUUUGGGUGAUCCAACUAAUGAAUUAAAAAAGAAUAAGAUGGAUUUUGCUGUCUGGAAAGGGUAUAAACCAAGUGAACCAAGUUGGAGAACAUCUUGGGGUGAAGGAAGACCAGGUUGGCAUAUUGAGUGUUCUGCUAUGGUCAGUAAGAUAUUUGGCUCUCAGUUGGAUUUUCAUGCAGGUGGAAUUGAUCUAAAAUUUCCACACCAUGAGAAUGAAGAAGCCCAAUCUUGUGCUUUUCAUAGCACUAAACAAUGGGCAAACUAUUGGAUCCAUAUAGGUCAUAUGAACAUGAAAGAGACAAAAAUGUCAAAAUCACUUCAAAAUACUAUAUCAGUACCACAUUUAUUAGAAAACUACAGUGCUGAUACUUUCAGAAUGGCUUGCCUCUUGUCAAAUUAUAAACAUCCAAUGGAAUAUAGUGAUGAAAUGAUGGACAUGGCCCAAGAUGUUCUUAAUAAAAUAAAAUUCUUUUUAAAAGAUGUUUCCUUUUAUGUCAACUCUAGUGAUUCAACAGGGUUGUAUAAUAUUAAAUUAAUGAAAAACUUGCAAGAUGUUGAAGAGAAAAAUUUAAUGGCACUCCAAAAUGACUUUGAUACCCCUACAUGCAUUCAUUCUAUGCUGAGUUUAAUGGGAAAUGCGCACAUGGUCAUGAAAAUGGAUACAACCAACUUCUUUCCUAUUCCUAUAGUUUUAAUAGCUGAGUAUGUACUUGAUAUGUUGUCAAAAUUUGGGCUUGAAUUGAAAGACACUUCAAGUAAAAUAAUCUCAGAUUCUUUAAUUGAUACCUUAGUAGAAUUUAGACAUACUGUAAGGUCAAGUGCAUUAAAAACAAAAGAUAAAGAAUUAUUGGCGGCAUGUGAUUUAGUUAGAGAUAAUAUGAAAGCAGCCAAUGUGCAAAUAAAUGAUAGUAAAACAUCAUCUUGGGUGAGAAUUAAGUAA